AUGCGCAGCGGAAAUCACAAUCGGUCUUCCUCGUUUGAAGAAUUAAGAGAGCAGUUUGCUAACGCUACAGCUGAACUGAAACUGCAGGACCUCAAAACCACCGCAAAUAAGAGCUGUGAGCUGUGUGAUGAAGGAUGGAGGUCUCUUGGGUUGAAGUGCUACUUCUUCUCCACCAAUAAUCUGAACUGGACGCCGAGUCGAGACACCUGUGUUGAGAAAGGAGGUCACCUAGUGAUCAUAACCAGCCAAGCAGAGCAGGAUUUUUUAGCUUCACAAAUUAAAGACCUUCACUGGAUGGGUCUGAAUGAUCUGGAGACGGAAGGAAAGUGGAUGUGGGUGAACAACAAGACCUUGGAUGAGACCGGUGUGAAGUUCUGGUAUAAGAGGACAGAUCAUGUCAGUGAGCCUGAUAACUGGAGAGAAGAGGACCCUUCUGGAGAGAACUGUGCUUGUAUGGGGCAUUUAUUUGGUGCUGUAGGUGACUGGUUUGAUGUCACUUGUCGUAGAAAGCAAAAGUACAUCUGUGAAAAACAAGUGUGAGAUACAAAUAUAAGAAACUUG